CUCCUCUCAUUAUAUAAGUGUGUUAUUUUGAGUUGAGAGGAGAGGAGUCCAAUUCUAUUAAUAAUAUAUCUUUCCAUAAAUUAAGCCAAAGUUGAUAAAGAAACACAAACACAAACACAAAAACAAUGAUCUACUUUUGCGGCAACAACGUUCUUGUAAUGUUGUUUUCCCUCUGUUCAUUAUUAAUGUUUAAUAUUGUGAUAGGAUUUCCUGCACCAGGAGUUGAAGAUUAUCGCCAUUUGUUCGGUUCAUCGAGCAGAGAGGAAGUGGUGGAAAUUGCUGGCUAUGGAGAGAAGAAACUAUCAACUGUUCUCAUCACUGGUUCACUUCAUUGUGAAGCUAAUAACCAUGCAUGGCCAAUACCAGGAGCUUUGGUUGCUGUCAACUGCGAAAGUCAUGCCAGCGAGCGAAAAGGCAAAUCAAUGGUAGCAAAAGGUGUAACUGAUGAAUUUGGAGAUUUUAUGGUGGACCUCCCUUCCUACCUUCAUGCUAUUCCGAACUUGGAAAAAAUAUGCAGAGUGAAAGUUCAUCGAGUUCCAAAGGGAUUACUUUGUAGACCAGCUCGUCAUGUCAAAAAACACAAUGGAUUGUUUAAGCUCUCUACUAUUGGAAAUGGCAUCCGCACCUAUGAUGCAGGAAACAUAAAGAUCCAAGACUCAGCUUUUGAGCCACUGCGCGCACCACUACGCGAAGAUAUAGGGGAAAUUAAGGAGUAGAUUCAAAACCAACUACAACAAUAUGAGUAUGUUUGUAAGAGCACCGUGACUCACUUGGAUGGCGCUUAAGUCACAGUUUUGGGUUGCAUGGGUUUACAUCUAUUAAAAUACAUUACUAAAAUAGUCAUUGCUUUGUAUAGAUUACAAUGGCUAAAGUAAGAUCUACUUGUCUGAGAUUGUUAAAUGUAUGACUCUUGUGUAACAACCUCUAGUAUUUGGACAUAUGAAAAACCGAGACUGGUAUUGAAACUCUAGUUAAGAUUUUCAUACAGACAAAUACAAUACUUUUCAUUUUUCCAUUCACCAGUUUCUUGUAAAUUUGAUCUUUUGUAUAAUAAAAAAAGUAAUUGCUUAUGC